AUGGACUGGCCCCCUCAAAGUGUGGACCUUAACCCCAUCGAGCCAAUUUGGGUAAGAUCCUUUACUCGCGCUGUUAUACCACAGUAUUCUUGGGCUUUUUCUUUGAAUUUUCCCUUCCCCAUCCAGAAAUCGAGACCGGAAGCGACCUUCUGUAUUCAGGCUAGUUUCACGCUGCUGUCCCAUGUUGGAUGUAGCAACGUAACCUACUUACACCGACAGUCAGCUAUGGAUACAUGGUACAUGGACGAUUCUGAUGAAGACCAAAGACUACCACAUAAACUUGAUCCGAACCAACCGGUACCCCUUGAGGACUUGGAGAAAAUCGGAGUUUUCUAUUGGAGGUUAAACGCAGACAUCUAUGAAAAUGACCCACAACUGGAGAACAUUCGUAAAGACAGGGGGUAUUCAUUUAUGGACAUCAUCACUGUUCAUAAGGAUAAACUCCCCAACUAUGAGGAAAAGUUGAAAAUGUUCUAUGAAGAGCACCUGCACCUGGAUGAGGAGAUCCGUUACAUCUUGGAUGGAAGUGGCUACUUUGAUGUCAGGAAUAAAGAUGACCGAUGGAUCAGGAUUGCGAUGUCCAAAGGGGACAUGAUCACCCUACCAGCAGGCAUUUACCAUAGGUUCACCAUGGAUGAAACGAACUACGCAAAAGCCAUGAGGUUGUUUGUGGGAGAGCCUGUGUGGAAGGCUUAUAACCGGCCUGCUGAUGACCUUGAGAUCCGGCAGAAGUAUCUGAACUCAUUAAAAUGUGCAAGUGUCAUGUAGUGUAGCCUUUUGUCUCUGAUAGAUACAGUUGUUACACUAUGGAUUGAUUAAUGUUUACGGCACACAAUCUACUAACCCUAGUGCCUUGGCAGAGUACUUAGCCUGGACCUCUCCGUAACAGGAGUUUGAAUUACUCUACUGUGGUGAUACUUGUAAAAUUGUACAAAAGACAGGAUGUAAUGUUUAUACCCUCCUUGUGCUGUUUGAAGCUAAACACUAAUAAAGUUUCUAUGUUA